AUGAAUAAUCAUAGCAAUAACAAUAACAAAUAUAUGUGUAUGGAAGUGGGUUACGAUGAUCCUGAUAAAGAAUAUGAAACCCUUGAUGAUGACACUUAUACAGAUAAUUUUUCUAUACCCACAUCAUCAACAAUGACUUCUUUGAUAAAUACUGAUCAAAAUAGCUAUUGUAUUGAUUUUAAUGAGGAGUCAUUAAGCAAUAUAGAAAAUGAUAUAGAUUGGUUAUCAUCAGAUUUUGAUGUGCAAUCUGAUGUGGGUUCUUUGUGGACUUCAACCAUUGACGAGUUUGAAGAUUCUGUCCAUAUGUUAAGUGAAGAAAAAAAGACUAUUAAUGAUAAUGAUAGAUGUGUAAUUGUUGAUCUUGUGAAUGGAAAGUUACAACGUUGUAAAAAUACUAUAUUUCGUCCUCUUCAUCAACUUUUGGGUAUCUGGGAAUUAGAUUUUGAUGAGGUUAAUAAAGCCAUCAAAGUGAACCAACCAGAUGCGACAGCUCUGUUGGGUACAUGCUCAAGUCACUACAGUUUUGAUAAUAAAAAUCAUUUAUUACAUUUAAAAAACAGUGUUCCUACUCAUGACGCAUGGAUAUAUAAAAGACGUUGUAGAGGUGUGAAAGCAUUACACACUUAUAUUGAAGACCACAAUGAAGACAAUUCCAAGUCUCUCAAGCUCUUUGGAGAAUGUUUACAAAAUAUUUCAACAUCAUCCGAUCAAAUAAUUAAAAAUUUACUUCUUGAAGAGCUCUCAGUUUCACUUUCAAAAUUUUUUAAAAGAAAACAAUUGUUACAAACGCAACCAACUUCUAUAUCUGAUGGUAAAUCAUUAUUACUUAAACACCAAUUUGAUAAAAUCCAAAUAAUUUUGCUUCAUGAAGUUGAGGAAAAAUUUUUAUUUCAAGUGGUGAAUGCUUUUUACAAAGCGAAAUUCUUCAUUAAUACAAUUAACAUAACCCAUGAAGAACAACUUAAAGAUAUCUUCUAUCAAUUGAGUAUUAAAGGCAUUUUUGCAGUUAUCCUUAUAAAAAAAGAUAGCGCAUUAAACCAUAAUGUAAAUAUGAAAAUUUACAAACACCAGUAUCAAGAUACUACUAAAUAUGAUGAAUAUGAUAACAUUAGGUUUGAAGAGGCUGUUAAGUUGUUAUCACAAUUUCGUGAAAACUUAUUAGAUUCACCAAAUUCAAAUCCUCCAAACUUCUUAAUAUUCAAAACUGCUCUCAGACUUAGUAGAGUAAAUCUGAAAAAAUUGGGACACAUAAACCAAUAUAUUGAACUAAUAAAAAACAACCCCAAAGAACUUGGGGAAUCAUUGGGAACUGUUAUUUGGCAUUCAAGACCUGAAAUAUGUGAAAAAAAAAAGAAUUAG